UUGUGAUGUGAAUUUUGUUUACAUAUACUCAUAACUUUUAUUAUACAAAUAUAAAAAUAUGAAAACGUUGAAUAGAUAUAAUAUUAAAUAAAUUUUUCGAAUUAUUAAUACAUAUUUAUAUUGUGUUAAAUAGAAAAAUAUUAAUUUGAUUCCGUUUAAAUCGCAUAUAUAGAUAUGAAUAGUGAAAAUGAAAAUAAUUGGACGGAAUUAUUUAAUGAUAUUGUAUAUAAAACGGUCGUUGAAUAUCAAUCGUCAUCAGACUACAAUGAAGAAAAUUCUAUUAAAUUUAUUUUGAAUAAUUUAACAAAUCAUGAAAAAUUUAAAAUUAUCCGAUUUGACACGUUUAAUAUUACUAAAAAAUCGACAAAAGAAUCAAUUAAAUUUAGAUUAAAAGGCAAUAGUUAUUUUAUUUCAUCAUCAACGCAAGAAUCAAAUUUGGACAAAGCAGUUGAAGAAUACACAAAAAGUGUUGCACACGCACCAUCAACAAGUGAAGAACUUGCUAUUGGAUAUGCAAAUCGCAGUGCUGUAUUUUUUAAAGCCAGGUUAAUAUCAGAUUGUUUGUUAGACAUUGAACAUGCACUUGAAAAUAAUUAUCCAGAUUCUUUAAAAGCAAAACUAUAUUAUCGCAAGGCCAUGUGUCUUCGGGUGUUAAAUUCUAAUGACAAUCCUGAAAUCAAAGAGGCUUUUACCGAGGCUAAAAAAUGGUCCAUAGAAAUGAGUGAAGAAAAUAAAAAACUUAUGGAAAUAAUGUUGAAGGAACAAUUAGAAAUGACAGAUUCAAUUAACAAAACAAUAUUUACAAAAUGGAAUUCUGAUAGUUUCUUGCCAAAAUUAGAUACUGAAAAUUCAAUAAUUCCUGGUUUAUCUGAUGCACUUAAAAUGGAAUAUAAUGAAAAAUUUGGAAGACACAUGAUAGCAACAAGAGACAUCAGACCCGGAGAAAUAUUGGGAAUUCAAAAACCUUAUGCAUCGGCUGUUAUCGAGAAAAUACGAUAUACAAUUUGUUGGAACUGUGAAAAUCAAACAUGGUCAAGUAUUCCAUGUACCCACUGUGUUGAUGUUAUUUAUUGUUCAACAAUUUGUCGAGAUACUGGUAAUUUAAAACAUCAUGACAUUGAAUGUCAUAUACUUUCAGAAAUGUUUCAUUUAAAAAUGGAUACGUCAAUGUUUUUAAGUUUACGACUUACUAUUAUGGCUUUGAAACAAUCUUCUGAUUCUCUUGAAAUUUUGAAAAACAAUCUCAAAAAAAUUGAUCAAACAAAUGAUUCCAAAACAAAAGGUUUUACUAAUAAUAUUCUUGAUCCAACAAGUUAUAGAAGUGCAUACGGGCUCUCACAUAAUACAGUUGAUAAAAAUUUACAAUUAGAAACAAAAACAUGGUCUAUUAUAGUUGCUUAUCUUCUAGCUACGAAAACGAAAAUAUUUGGUAAAAAAUUUAACAAAAAUGAAAUCACAAAUUUUAAAGAAAAUAAAUAUUUUAUUUUUCUCAUUAAUUUGAUUGAAAUAAAUAGAAUAAUUUCUGAUCAAAAUUGUUUUUCAAUUUAUGCAAGUGAAAAAAUUGAAAAAACAUGGACAAUUGCACCAACUUUUACAUUUUUUAAUCAUAGCUGUAUUCGUAUGGUUGUCAGAAGAUUUAUUGGUAAUAUGAUGACUUUGACUGCGCUUUAUCCUAUUAAAAAAAAUGAACAAGUAUUUGAAACAUACACUGUACAGUACGACAAAGUAUGUAAAUUUGAAAGACAAAAAUACUUGAUGAAAUGGUAUCAAUUUAAUUGUCAAUGUCAAGCUUGCACAAAUGACUGGUGUAUACCACGGGAAAAUAGUAUUCGUCAUUUGAAUAACUCAAUAGAUAUGGAAAAUAUAAAAAUAAAAAAAAUCUUUUGGGAAAAUAAACUCAUAAAUUUUGGUCGUAAAUUUCAUGAUUUUACAGAUUUAUCAUCGGAUAUAAAAAAAAUCAUUGAUAUUAUUGAAGAAAAUCUCAGAAUUUAUUCAAAUAAUUCAAUAAAAGUUGUUGAUGUUGUUCAAUUAUUAGAAGAUUUAUUAAAAAUUAUGCAAGAUAAAUAUUUAUCAUUAGAUAUAUAAAUCAAAAGUUUCAGUUAUAAUUAAUGACUAUCAUUUGAUUGAAUACUAUAACAAUAUUAUAUUUUUUGAAAUUUUUUUUAUUAAUAAGUUAUUAAUAAUAACACAUUUUGGUAUCGUAAGUUAUGAAAAAAAAAAUUUAGUAACGACGGCAUUCUCUUUUUUAAAAAUUGAAAAUUAACACGGAUCAGUGAUGCAAACUAACAAAAAAAAAAAAAAUGCGUUAUGGCAAAAUGACUUCUCCAAUAUCAUAUGAAAAUUCAAUAUAAUUUUUUUUAUCGAUAAGAGUAGACGAGGAAAUAAAAAAUAAAAUCGUCAUUUUUACUAUGUUUGUAUCGUAGGUUCAAUUUGUUUAUGGUAUGAUAAUUCAUAUAAAUGGUGAAUUAUUAUUUAAAGAACCAUACU